CCAGGCGGUGGCAUCAUGCAUAUUCAUGAGGAGGGGGCGUGGCCAGACGGGGGCUCAUCCAUUAUUCAUGAGGUUUCGCGCGCUUUUGCCGCCCACGUGGGGCGCUUGGCGCGGAACCCGGCGGGGCAGGAAGGAGCCAUGGCGGACUCCUCCGAGUCACAGGCGGCGGCCACCAGCCCGGUGCGCAGCUCUCGGCGCGGCGAUGCCUUCACGUCCAGCCCCGGCCGGGACCUGCCCCCCUUCGAGGAUGAGUCCGAGGGGCUCCUGGGGACCGAGGGGCUCCCCGAGGAGGAGGAGGAGGAAGGGGAAGAGCUCAUCGGGGAAGGGAUGGAGAGGGACUACCGCCCCAUCCCGGAGCUGGACGUCUAUGAAGCAGAGGGCCUGGCCUUGGAUGAUGAAGAUGUGGAGGAGCUGACCGCCAGCCAGCGGGAGGCUGCCGAGCGGGUCAUGAGGCAGCGAGACCGGGAGCUGGAGCAGGGCAUGGGCCGCAUGAGGAGGGGGCUGCUUUAUGACAGUGACGAUGAAGACGAAGACCGUCCUUCGCGGAAGAGGCGGCUGGCAGAACGGGCUGCCGACGGCAUUGAGGAGGAGGAUGAAGACAUGAUCGAGAGCAUCGAGAAUCUGGAAGACAUGAAGGGGCACUCAGUGAGGGAGUGGGUUUCCAUGGCAGCUCCCCGUCUUGAGAUCUACCACCGCUUCAAGAACUUCUUGAAGACCCAUGUGGAUGACCAUGGGCACAAUGUCUUCAAGGAGAGGAUCAGUGACAUGUGCAAAGAAAACAGAGAGAGCCUGGUGGUGAACUACGAGGAUCUGGCUGCCCAGGAACAUGUCCUUGCCUACUUCCUGCCUGAGGCCCCAGCAGAAAUGCUGAAGAUCUUUGAUGAAGCAGCCAAGGAAGUGGUGUUGGCCAUGUACCCCAAAUACGAUCGUAUUGCUCAGGAGAUCCAUGUCCGUAUCUCCCACCUCCCUCUGGUGGAAGAGUUGCGGUCGCUCAGGCAACUGCACUUGAACCAGUUGAUCCGGACCAGCGGAGUGGUGACGAGCUGCACAGGGGUCCUGCCUCAGCUCAGCAUGGUCAAAUACAACUGCAUGAAGUGCAGCUUCAUCUUGGGACCCUUCUUCCAGUCCCAGAACCAGGAGGUGAAGCCCGGUUCCUGCCCAGAGUGUCAGUCUCUCGGCCCCUUUGAAAUCAACAUGGAAGAGACGGUCUAUCAGAACUAUCAGCGCAUCAAAAUCCAGGAGAGCCCUGGCAAGGUAGCUGCUGGCAGGCUGCCCCGCUCCAAGGAUGCCAUCCUCCUUGCCGAUCUGGUCGACAGCUGCAAGCCAGGGGAUGAGAUUGAGCUCACAGGGAUCUACCACAACAACUACGAUGGCUCCUUGAACACUGCCAAUGGGUUCCCGGUGUUUGCGACUGUCAUCUUGGCCAACCACAUAACCAAGAAGGACAACAAGCUGGCUGUCGGGGAGCUGACUGACGAGGACGUGAAAGUGCUUGUGGGUCUGUCCAAGGAUGAGCAAAUUGCAGAGAAGAUUUUUGCCAGCAUUGCCCCAUCUAUUUACGGGCAUGAAGAUAUCAAGAGGGGGUUGGCUUUAGCUCUGUUUGGUGGAGAGCCCAAAAACCCAGGCGGCAAACACAAGGUCCGUGGUGACAUCAACGUGCUCCUGUGCGGGGACCCCGGUACUGCGAAGUCGCAGUUCCUUAAGUACGUGGAGAAGGUGUCCAGCAGGGCCAUCUUCACCACUGGCCAGGGUGCUUCUGCCGUGGGUCUCACAGCCUAUGUCCAGAGGCAUCCGGUCAGCAAGGAGUGGACUUUGGAAGCAGGAGCCCUCGUGCUGGCUGACAGAGGUGUCUGCCUGAUCGAUGAGUUUGACAAGAUGAAUGACCAGGAUCGGACCAGCAUCCACGAAGCCAUGGAACAGCAAAGCAUUUCCAUCUCCAAAGCGGGCAUCGUCACAUCCUUGCAAGCCCGCUGCACCGUUAUUGCUGCUGCCAAUCCCAUAGGUGGUCGAUAUGACCCAUCGCUGACUUUCUCGGAGAACGUAGACCUGACGGAGCCCAUCGUCUCUCGCUUUGAUAUCCUGUGCGUGGUGAGAGACACGGUGGACCCUGUGCAGGAUGAAAUGCUGGCCCGGUUUGUUGUUGGCAGCCACAUCAAGCACCACCCUGGAAGUAAGGAGGCAGUGAACGGGGACUCCAGUGAGGUUAUUCUUCCCAACACAUACGGGGUGGAACCCAUUCCCCAGGAGAUCCUGAGGAAAUAUAUCGUCUAUGCCAAAGAGAAGGUCCACCCCAAGCUUAACCAGAUGGACCAGGACAAGGUGGCCCGGAUGUACAGUGACCUCAGGAAAGAGUCUAUGGCGACCGGCAGCAUCCCCAUCACGGUGCGGCACAUCGAGUCCAUGAUCCGGAUGGCCGAGGCUCACGCCCGCAUGCACCUGCGGGAUUACGUGGUGGAGGACGACGUCAACAUGGCCAUCCGGGUGAUGCUGGAGAGCUUCAUCGACACGCAGAAGUUCAGCGUCAUGCGGAGCAUGCGCAAGACGUUCUCCCGCUACCUUUCGUUCAAGCGAGACAACAACGAGCUGCUGCUGUUCAUCCUGAAGCAGCUGGUUGCAGAGCAGGUGAUGUACCAGAGGAACCGCUAUGGGGCCCAGCAAGACACCAUAGAAGUCCCGGAGAAGGAUCUAGUGGAUAAGGCCCGGCAGAUCAACAUCCACAACCUCUCCACCUUCUACGACAGCGAGGUGUUCAAGAUGAACAGGUUCAGCCGGGACGUGAAGCGGAAGCUGAUUGUCCAGCAGUUCUGAGCCUGGCACCGGCGCCCUCCGUGUGCUCCUGCAGGACGGAACUUCUGUGCUGCUGCCCACCUGGGUACGCUACAGACAUCACCAGCCAGAGGGCCUUGGCUCCACAUUCUCUUGCUUGCUUUGUGCCUUAUGGAUUAAGGAACUGCUGAGCUGCUGAAGACCUUGUAAAUAGUGCAGAGUUAAGUAGUUAAAUGCCCAGCCAAGUCUGUUUAGCAACUUUGUUCGCUGUUCCGCCUUGUAGAUGAGACCAACAGCGAGAGAAGUGCUGGCCACAUAGCCGACGUGUUUGCUGUUUGUUUGUCCCUAGUUGUUAAUGGGCUCAUCUGCAGGAGGGAUGAACGGGAGCAUUUGAAAGACAUUUGUCUGCCUUACCCACGUCCCUUGGAUUGCAAGCACCCUCGGGGAUUCUCUUUUCCCAUCUCUGGCGACUGUGCAGCCUGCUGGGUGAUAAUCGAGACUGCUUUCAACUCGCCGUGAACCAGUCAGCCUCUCAGCUCCAGACCUUUGUGCCUGACACUUGACAUUUCCCCAGGUGCCCACAUGGGCUGACCUUGUGCUUGGUUUGUGCAAGGGAAAGGGAGGGCACGGAGGAAGACAUGAAAUAAAACAUAACCAGUUCUCGUGUUAGGGGUGACCUCAGUGGGCAGUGGAAGUGCCUUCCCAGCGUGCUGGGGCAGUGUCCAGAAGCCUCAGGGAAGGGGCUUCCCCUGCCUCGCUGGGUGUGAGCUCUGUGCAGCUGUCAGCAGAUGUGGAUUUACAGCUGGAUCCUGCAGUAUCUCACACCCGUUUGAUGAGGGUGCUGUUCUGGGGAGUAGCAGGGGAGGAGCCCUGAGCUGGAGGUGUUCAGGGAGGGCGGGAUGGGCUGAGUACUCACAUGUAAUUUUCUUGCUGUGUGCAUUUUUAAUACAUUUUUUUCAAUA